AGACGGCGCGCGGCUCAGGUUGGCGGCGCACCGAGCAAAGGCAGCCGGAUGCUGUGCCGCGCGGAGUCUCCUGCAAAGUCUGCGCGCGUGUGCCGAGGGGCAGCGGGACGACGGCGAAGGAGGAGGCGGAGGAGGCGAAGGAGGGGGAGAAGUACCAGCACCACCACCACCAGCAGCAGCAAGAGAAGCCGGGCAGCCCUGCCGGAGGGACGAGGAGGGGCGAUGCCAGCCGGCCCCUGGCGCUAGAGCCGAGGGGCCCCGGGCACGUGGCGUCGCCGCUGCUGCUGCUGCUGCCGCCGCCUCCCCAUCGCGGCGGACGGAUCCGGAGAGGCGAACGGAGGGACGGACGGACGGCCCGUCCGCUCGGGGCUCAGUACGCCGGGAGAGGGGAAGGAGGAGAUGAGGAUCAGCAGCCGCAUGGCCUGUCGCAAGGACGCGCCGGCGGAGCAGCGGUGAAGGGGCACCAACAGAUGUCUCAUCAUUGAAAUGCAAGGAGAGACGAAGCAGGAGAACCUGGAGAGAAAGGCAUACUUUUUAGCAUAGCACUCCAGUUGCUGUAGGAAACAUGUGCUAAAAGGUGUCCUGAUGUUUGCCCUUCCUUACAAAUACCAAGUCUGUCUGAGAUUGGCCAAUGCACAGACAGUAGCUGUGAAGCCCCAGUAGGAGAAUGAGUGAGAGGGAUAUCCGAAGCUUGAGCAAAGGGGUAUUGGUACUCUCUCUCUGCCUUAUAACACUAUGGGGAAGGCUAACACUGGCCUCAACGCACCACAGAAGCCAUUCAGUGCACAUAGAGCCUGGCACAUGUGAAGUCAUUGCUGCCCACAGAUGCUGCAAUAAGAACAAGAUAGAAGAGCGCUCGCAAACAGUGAAAUGUUCCUGCUUUCCAGGUCAGGUGGCUGGGACGACACGGGCUGCUCCUUCAUGUGUAGAUGCCUCCAUAGUGCUUCAGAAGUGGUGGUGCCAAAUGCAACCAUGUCUAGAAGGUGAGGAGUGUAAAGUGCUACCAGAUUUGUCUGGAUGGAGCUGCAGUACUGGAAACAAAGUAAAGACAACCAAGGUCACACGAUAGAUUUGGGAAUUGCUCCUUGUACCUCCUAGGAGUUGCUUUGACAUGGCCAACAGUGCAAAAAUGGCACAACAUGGCUUUUGUUCCGGUGCUGGAUACCCUUCAUAUGCUCUGCAGAGCUGGAAAGAGGAUGACUUCCUUGGCACUGGAUAGAAGGCAGUUUUGGCAAAGGAUGAGCAUUUUUUAUGGGCACUUUAUUGCUCCUCACAAACAUGUCUGCCAAGGGAGUGCUGCUGCUGUUUGCUCCCUCCUGAUAGAACAGCAUCAAGGAUUACAGAAAAGGGUGGACACCACUGCAUGGACAAAAUCUUGGGAAAUUUGCCUUGAUUUUGAAGAUUAAAAAUUUGCAUCAACUACAGAUUCAGUACAGCUUGUAAGGUAUUUAACCACCAGUUGCUACUAAAUCUUCAAUUAUGGUUCCUGAAUGCAGUUACAAGAACUCCUUUCUCUACAUUUUCUUUUCGUAUCAUGGAUGUACCUGCCAGAAAAAUACAGUUCUUCCCCAUCUGCUCCGUUAAAUGGUGGAGUUGCAUAGAACUUCUUGAUGGCUACAAAGAAAAGGCAAUGUUACUUCUUGUUAGUUCCCCUGUGUCUUUAGGCUGGCUACGAUGAUUGCUAAGAGAAUCAAGGUAUUGAGUGAGUUUUGCAUUCAUAAUUUAAAAUAAAAUUUGUGUGUGUGUGUUUUUUUUUUUGUUUUUGUUUUUGAUUUUGAUUUUACAAAAUCUUCCAGUUUAUGUCCUGUUGCUUUCAUAGCAGAUUUUGAGUAAGGGCACUUGAAGAGACUCAAAAGGCACCAGAUCCAAGAAACACCAUGCAGUUGCUCCAACAUAUAUUGAAAUACCAGCUUCAGCUUCUUUAUAUAGAGCAUGGGAAAAUUUCCAUUAUAGGCAGCAGUUCAUUAUUCGUUGCUGGAAAUGCAAGAACAAAUAUAGUGCAUUCUGUUUCUUUUUUCACAAGGAAAAAGAUCAGGUCUCUCCUGGUCUUUUUCUGUCUUCCUCCCUCCCCAUGAGCAAUGCCUUUCAUGAGGCUGUUAGACUUGUCUCUCCUAUUUUGUCAAAGUCAACCACACCAUACCAUUUUGAACAUACUAGUAUGAUUUGAUUUUGUAAAGCUAAGCAGAGUUGGACCUCAUUAGUACUUGGAAGGGAACAGCAGGAAUCUGCAGGUAGAGCUUCAAAAGAAUCAUGCUUUGAAGACCCAGAGAACUGCUUUCAGUCAGAGGUGGUAGUAUGGGUUAUGUGAACUAACUGUCUGGCUUGGUAUAAGGCAAUCCCCAUAUCUCUAAAACGCUGUCACAAUUAUGCUGAGAAAUUACAAAAGCUAGGGGCAGUGCGUUUUUGUUUGUUUGU